UAUUAAGUAUAAUAUUAUAAUUUACAUUUUACUGCAUAUUUUGACACCACAAUUUAUUAUAAUGUCGUGGGCAAAAAAACGACAGAACAUUUUACAGCUGAUAAGGAAUCGAGAAUUAAACGAUCACAUCCGCAUAAAGUAUGCAUUAAAAAGUAACUUGGAUUACAAAUGUAUUUCAAAACUUGGAUUAAUCGCCGAAUUAGGUCAUCAACAAAGUGUUCAUUGCCUACAAUGGAAUGAAAGUGGAAGCACGUUAGCAUCAGCAUCUAAUGACCAUGAAAUAAUACUAUGGGAUCCAUUUUUACAAAAAGUUAAAACUACUAUUAAAACUUUACACAAUCACGGCAUAUUUUCUGUUAAGUUUAUACCUGGAUAUAAUGAUGAUUUAGUUGCGACUGGAUCUGCUGAUUGGAGUUCACAUACAUAUAAUGUAACAACAGGUCAAAAAUUAAGCAGUUGCACUUGUUCUCAAGGAAAAAUCAACCGUCUAGCUGUAGCAAAUGAUUCGCCUAGUCUAUAUUGGUGUGCUUCAGAGGAUGGAUGCAUUAGUCAACAUGAUUUGAGAAUGGGCCAUGAAUGUCCUACCGAUAAGUCUAAGACUACGUUGGUGACGAUAUAUGAUGAUUUGGGGAAAAAGAUUAAAACUAAAUGCUUAGAUAUAAACCAACUUAGAACCGAGCAGCUUGCAGUUGGUGCUUGUGACCAAUAUGUGAGAUUAUAUGACCGCAGAAUGAUUCAAUCGCUUUCAUCAUUUGAUGUGAAACAUCCUUCAAAAUAUGUAUCGUUAUAUGGUGGCAAUAAUGUUAACAAUGCUCUCCAAUAUUUUGUACCAGGUCACAUCCAUUCAAAUGACAAUGAACCGAAAAAAAAAAAAAUAUAUGUAAUUUCUUAUUUGACUUUUAGUCCUGAUGGACAAGAGUUGUUGGUUAAUUAUUCUUGUGAUUAUGUAUACUUAUAUAACUUGGUGAAUCGAGCUGAUAAUGCAUUUUUCAACAUCCCAAAAGUUAUGAAAGUUCCUCGAGAAAACGGAGAGGGUUCUUCUACUGAUUUAAUAGAUGAUCAAGUUCCUGUUCCUCAUUUGAAACUACCAGAUAAUGUAGUUCAAUUAAAAUUAAAGGCAGAUUACUUAAUUGAAAAACAAAACUAUAAUAAUGCUAUUUUCCUUUAUAAUGAAGCCUUAAAUAUUCAUCAAUGCAGUGAACUGUUUUUGAAUAGAGCUGCAGCCUAUAUUAAUAGAAAGUGGCAUGGAGACUUCUACGCAGCUCUCAGAGAUUGCGUGACUGCAUUAAAAUUGGAGCCUAACCAUAUGGAAGCACAUUUUCUGUUGGCAAGAAGUCUGUUUUUACUGGACAAGUCAAAAGAUUCUAAAAUGUGUUUAGAUCUGUUGACAAUGAAAUACCCAUCGUAUAAAACUAAUGACGCAUACAAAUGUCUUUAUAGUGAUUUAUUAAAUGAACAAUCUAAUAAUAAAGAUAAAUUUGAUGGAAAAAACGUGCUGGGAACGUCGGAUUCCACAUCAAAUGUUCUAGAAUAUGUGUUACAUAUUGAACAAGCCCAGAAGAUAACUUUUGAGAAAUACUUUCGUAAUCAGGCAAAAGAUUACCAUCGGAGAUAUUAUGGGCAUAUUAAUGUCUUUAGUGACAGAACAGAAGCUAAUUUUUUUGGAAGUCGAAAUCAAUUCAUAGUUGCUGGUAAAGAUGAAGGUUUACUUUUUGUAUGGGAAAAAAAUACAGAGAAGAAUUUGGUCAUACUGAAAGGCGAUAAGUUCACGGUAAAUUGUAUACAACCACACCCUUCAGAGUUUUUGUUGGCAACUAGUGGUCGUGGUAAUAAAGUCAAAUUAUGGAGUCCGUUGCCACAUGUAAGACUAUUAAAAAAAUAAAUAAAUUACGCUUAAAACUAAAUUAAACCAUUCAAUGCAAUGU